AGUUCCAACUGUGCUCCGUGAUACCACCAUCUGCUAAAACAAGUGAAAGAUUUUUUUCAUUCUUUCAAGACUAAAGUAUCUAAGAUCUCUCAAGGUUUGGCUCGUGACCAUGGAUGGACCAUUCAGGGUGAUGCUGUAACUAAACCAUCUGGGCCUCAGAAAGCAUCUAAAGAUCUCCCCAGGCCGCCUGCGUCUUUCACCUUGUCCCCUUGAAAGCUCCGCCUCGUGAAUUAGACCCUGGGAGAGACGAAGUGAGUGAGCAACCAAACCGAUGGAGGACCGAAAGAGCAGCCAAAAUCAGCAAAAGUGAUGACAGGUACGUCUGCAGCACCUCUCCGCCGCAGUCUUGUAGGCGGCUGACCUGACUAAAGCUGGGCCUGCAGCUCAUCAUCUUUCUUUAGAACUUUCCUUUUGAUAAAGUAACCAGGUGACUCGCUGACUCAAGACCUGCUGUAUUUGCCUGUUAAAAUUUACUGGUGAGAUACUGUUAAGUUUUUUUUGCACAGGAGAGUAGUUUUGUGGAUGGAAUUUAAUGAUUAAAAUUAUUAAUUACAAACCUUCCAAUAUUUAUUCAAUGAUUUAUGAAAACAUAUCACACACACAUACACACUUCAACAACACAAAAGUUCAAACCAAAUCAGCAAGUGUCCAUACAUUUGUUUAAACACAGAGGUCUACAUGAUUUAAUAGUGUUUUUUAUCCAUUUGCAACCCUAAGAUCUGAUAAUACCAAUUUUAACUUAAACCUCCCCCCACCCCAAUCAAAAUACUUAACCCUCCUCUUAAGGUGGCUUUAAUUAUUUUAAUCGGCGCUUUAGCUCAACUCACACAGUCUCCUAAAUGCUUUGUUGUCUCUGCUGCUGUUUCUUUCAAAUGUCAAGCUCGUCCUUUGUUCUCGUUUAGCUCACCGUGUCUCUUUUCCUCUUAAAACCUGCUCAGUGAUCUCAUUUAUUAAAUGUCAUGUAGGAACUGCGCUGGCGCAGAAUGAGUGCUGUCAGAAAAAUGUGAGUCGCGCAGGCCCUCCGUAGGCAAAGAUGCGCGGCCUCAGACGCCACUUCCAUCACCAUGUUUAAACUCUGCACAAAUUAUUUUGAGUAGCGGUACAUGCUUCUUAAAUGUUGGCAUAAAUAGCCAUGGGACUUAGGCUUUCCUGCGUAUUUACAAUAUCGGUUUCCAAACAGAAAAUGUGGUGUAUAGAUUAGAGUGAGUUUAGUGUCAGUAUAUUACAGUCGGCUGAAACUGUAAUAUGAUAUUGAUUAUGAUAUCGAUUGAAUUAACUAGACCAGCUCCAUUAAUGUCCUCUCUGUUUAAAGUUGACUUAUCCAUUUGUAGAAGCCGUGCGUAAUGCGUAAUGCUGUUGGAAAUGUCCCUUUUUUCCGCAAUAAGAUGUCCAAUAGUGAGCACAGCAACUUUGUUAACUUCUCCCACAAGGAAUAGAUGAAGACAACCUCGCCUGUCUUAUCGCGCGCUCACAAUCCAUUAAUCGUGAAUAACAUUUAAGGAGAAUAAAUUGCGUCCUUGUGUCCGGUGAAACGAUGACAAAACGCGCCCCUAUUUUCAUCAGGAUCGGGGUGUCAUCCCCUUCUGUCUGCUAGUGGUCGGCUGGUCCACCUGUAAGAUACUUCUUUUGAGGGGUGGGACCCCAUCCGUAAUGUCACUAGAAGAGGCGGUCCGUGCGCUGGGUUCGGAAACGGAUUGGAAAAGUAAAGACGGUCUCCUGCGCUGAUUGGGGGUCCAGAGGGGAGAACGAGGAGGGCGGGGGGAUUGCGCUCACGAGCCUUUGUGUUUCACUUCUAAUAUCUCACAUAUCAAUAAUUGAGCGCGCGAGCAGACGGGACCCCACGCGCUAUGUGUUCUACUGCGCGCGGACUCGGCAAGGGCCUUGAUCCGCUUUCAGUCGGCUGUUCCACUACGGACUGAUAGGAGAAAACUGGAAGUACUGGUAAAUAUAUCUAUGACAGUUCAGAGUCGGUGAAGGAAAAAGAAACUGCUGUAGUAUUGACUUGAACAGUUGGGAAGGACUUCAUUUGACAGUGAGGAGAGGUUUGGAGCGGUGUUGGUUUCCCGUGCACGGCAGGGGAUUUGAGCGCAAAACGGUUUGUAUCUUUGUUAGAAGACUGCUGUUAGGUGCAGGGUGAAGUUGGCAUGAUGUUGACGUUGGUUCUAGGCGCAAUGUGGUUAGUAUGCCAUGCGUAUGCACAGAACGAGACGGAACCCAUCUUGCUGGAGGGAAAAUGCUUGGUCGUGUGCGACUCAAAUCCCACCUCGGACCCGACCGGAACGGCUCUUGGGAUAUCGGUGCGUUCGGGGAGCGCCAAAGUGGCUUUUUCAGCAGUGAGGAACACGAACCACGAACCGUCUGAGAUGAGCAAUCGAACAAUGGUGAUCUACUUUGAUCAGGUACUUGUGAACGUUGGUAAAAGUUUCGACGAGGAAAGGAGCCAUUUCCUCGCCCCGCGCAAAGGGAUAUACAGUUUUAAUUUCCACGUAGUGAAAGUGUAUAACCGUCAAACGAUCCAGGUAAGCCUGAUGCUCAAUGGCUGGCCAGUAAUCUCUGCCUUUGCCGGGGAUCAGGACGUCACGCGUGAAGCAGCCAGUAACGGUGUCCUGAUUACAAUGGAUAAAGGCGACCGCGUCUACCUCAAGCUGGAGCGGGGCAACCUGAUGGGUGGCUGGAAGUACUCCACAUUUUCUGGCUUCCUGGUCUUCCCUCUGUAGAGGAGGAGCACGCCAAGGAAGGACUAUUGCUCUUUAGCUCGCCGGCUUGUGGGAGAUAGGAAGCAUAUGAGGGUGGAUGAAAGAUAGAUUGAUAGCGAGAAUGUAAAGAAAAAAUAUAGAAAGAGAAAAUUUUCGUCGCACUCACUUCGCUCUGCUGCUUGACUACAGCUCUGGACAGCCAAAACUUUUUUAUUAUCCUUAAUAUAAACGAUAAUUAAAAUGAUCUGGAAAGAAAACCCACAGAGGAUCGUAGCCCUUACCCCCUAGUUCAUCCCAUCACUACCCACCCUCCGCUUUAAGGAUCGUCCUUCUGCAGCCCAGACCUCCAUUUCGCACAGACAUCAUCUCUGUAUAUUCUUGCCAUGUAUGCGUACUGUGAGUGUCAAAUGCCAUUGUCAUUCUUCUCAGUACCGAGUCCAGUCGCCUUUCUUUGGCCUGCUCCAGUGCUCCUCUCGCUCACCCUUUCUUUCCUCGGAGUGGGCGUCUUUGCUCCGUCAUGACUGAUGGAUGUCUGGAUCCCCACAAAAAGACUGCAUACUGGAUAUAUACAUAUAUAAAUACAUUGAAAAUCUUAAAGUUUCUAUAUGAUUAUAAUAUACUCAAUGCCUAAAUGAAUCUGGUCAACUCUCUGUAUUUCUGUAUUUCAGUGUAGUGAUCGUGUGUGGAUUAUCAGGCUGCUGUCCAACUACCAAUGCUUCUUGUUUUUGUUUCGGUCAAAACGUGGCUAAGAUGAUACUAUAUCAGAAAUACUAUAAAGUACAAAGUUUUAUUAUCAUUGAUUGUAAGAUAUGUGUGAAUAUUUAGCAAACAAAAUCCUCCCUUUUAAUCAGUUACAUUACCUAUUGUUUUUUCUUUGGUUCAAUAAAAAUUUAAUGGUA